UGGUUGCUCUGUUGAGGAGCCUGGAGGAAGAAGCAAGCCGAGCGUCAGCAGUACUGGAGCAAACCACCCAGCCUCAUGCUUCUAGCUGGGGACUACUGCUCCUGUCCGCUGUCGAAACCAUUGUGACAAUAUUUAUUAUCUUUUUUCGUAUUUUUUAGCAACUAAAAACAUUAGAAAACGUGGGCAAGUCAUGGCUCUUUUUUGCCUGGAGUCAGACAUAGCCGUGAAAGCCCAGCUUGACCUAAACAUCCUGUGUGAUGACAGAGUUUUGCAGAGUUUAUUAACAAUUGAGGAAACGUUUUUACCUCAGUGUUCAUAUUUCCAGCGGGUCCAGAAGGAUAUUCAGCCUUAUAUGAGACGAAUGGUUGCAGGUUGGAUGCACGAGGUGUGUGAGGAGGAGAAGAGUAAUGAAGAUGUUUUCCCUUUAGCUAUUAAUUAUUUGGACAGAAUUUUAGCAGUGAUGCCCACAAAAAAGAAUUAUUUGCAGCUUCUGGGAGCUGUGUGCACGUUCCUGGCCUCCAAGUUAAAGGACUGCAGACCUAUAUCAGCAGAGAAACUUUGCAUGUACACAGACAACUCCAUCACGCCACGGGAUCUGCUGGACUGGGAACUGGUCGUGCUGGGGAAGUUGAAGUGGAACAUGGCCUCUGUCAUCCCCAAUGAUUUUAUAGAGCACAUCAUGCACAAGCUGCCCCUUCCCAAAGAAAAACUGGCAAUGGUCCGCAAGCACACACUGACAUUCAUCGCCCUUUGUGCCACAGAUGACCGCCUUGCCAUGAACCCUCCUUCUAUGAUUGCUACUGGCAGCAUGGGAGCUGCUAUCUGCGGCCUGCAGCUGGACCACAAUGACCAGCGGCUGAGUCGAGACAACCUGACAGACCUGCUGGCCAAGAUCACCAACACGGAGGUGGAUUGUUUGAGGGCGUGCCAGGAGCAAAUAGAGCGUGUGCUGGCCUUUAGCCUGCAGCAGGGCCAGCAGUACCCACAGAAGACUGGCAUCAGAGCCGGCAACAAGGCACGGGAACAGCAAGACCAGUCCAGCACCCCCACAGAUGUGCGUGAUGUCAACUUAUGAGCUCCCAUCACCUCCUGACUUGCACAGAACUAGUGCCUGUAUACCAAUAAACUGAUGAAAGCAAAGGGGCAUAAGUUGCCAGUAUCCAUGUCAAGUUGCCCCUUGAGUUAUGGUGUGACAAUCUAUGAACAUUUAAAAACUAAGAAAUUUGUAGUUUUUCUCAUUUUUGCCCCAUUCACACCAGGCAGGGUGCAUUUUCACCGUUGGUGUGGGCCACAUGUCUUCAAACUAUUUAAAAUUUAAAACUUGAUGUAGUGCCUUUAGGUUCCAAGAACGGAAACCUGAAAAUAUGUUUAUACUUGAAAGAAAAAUAGCAUAAUUUUAUAAAAUAUAUGUAUGUCUUUUGCUAUGACUUUUCAAAACAAUUAAAUGUUUAUUUAGCUAGCAUUUAGUUACUCUUUAACCAUCUUUAUUGAGCAGUUAUCAAUUUAUACUUUUAAUGUGAUUUUCUUCAUCUGGAAAUCCAUAUAGCAACGAUUAAUGCUGAUAUUGCAGUUCAUGGCAUUUAAACCAAACUGAUAUCCAGCCAGAGGAGCGCUACUGUAGCUAGCAGCUCCAUUUAUCACACUGUGCACCUGUAGCACAGCUUACUAUUUAUGCAGAGAAUUGCUGGCUCAGAGUGGGCUGUGCCUGCUCAUAAAGGAAGGACACAAAACAGAUCUGAGGUGUUUUGUAGGUGGCUACUGUCUGGAAAGCUCUUGAUUCCACCACCAGCUGCAGACUGGAGUGUUAAAAGGACCACGUGGACAUGUAUUUGAAUUCAGUUACGCUGCAUUGUGCUGUUGUUGAUGUAGCUCAUACACGUUGGUCCACGGUUAGGACUGUUCUUUAGUUUUAUCUGAAGGGACUUUGGCUUAGGCAGGUAGCACUGAUGCCACGUUUGUAGAUCUUUAAAAAAAGAGUUUUAGCAAGUUUUUACCAAGUUUCAGAGGCAACAGAAGCAAGUUUGGAGGUUUUUUGAAAAGGGUUUUCAGAGAAGGAAAGGAUGUGGAAAGUGAAAAAGGUUCAGGUCUAUGUUUGAUGGGUGAGUACUGAGAGACAAGGUUAACUUUAAGCUUUAUGAGGUUUCUGCAGUUGCACGAUGCUAGACUGACUCACGGGAGGAGGAAUGAACCCUGACGAUGGUCAGGAUCAGUUUCAGGGUGCUGCAGUUUCUACUUUUAUCAAUUGGAUGGAACAAUAUUGAUGCACUUUUAAAACACACUCCAUAAGACUGGUAGGGGGAUAGUGGUUGAGUUGAGGAGAAUUCACAGGUUUUAUGGGGUUAUUUUAUUUUAAUCUAGUUCAUAAGUUAUUUGUUUUUUCUGUUUUUGUUUUUUUCUUGGGCUGGAUUCCCAUGGGGGUGGUGUAUGCUAUCUUUAAAGCAAUGCCUCGACCAGUGAAUAGACAUAGGAUAAUCUGUAUUAUAGUACAAUAGCUUAUAGACUGAGGUAAACCAAACCACAUGUAGACUUCCGUACAUUUAUUUGACCCUAAACUUGAAUUUUUUUCAUUUAGAUUUAUAGAAACCCCUUCCAUUAGUCCUCUUAACGAGUUAAAUACUGUCCUGAAUAUUCUUCUGUUUUAUUCUUUGUAUGUUUGUUGCUUCUGAACUCAUGUUUAAAGCAUUUGUGGGAGUUUUACACAUGUAUAUAAUCAAUCUUUCAAUGAAUAAAUAUGCUUGAAACCCACAUUACAUUUUAGAACAUAAAUGUAGUUUCUAAACUUUUUCAUGCAUAUUUGAUGCAAUAAGCAAAAUGUUUAUUAUUCCCCCAAAAAAGUGCUUUAAACUGAAACGUUGAUGCUUUUACAUGUUGUUUGUAAUUGAAAGAAAUAUCCAAAGUAAGAAAGAUCAGUUAUAUUCACUAUUCUCUUGCUGCUAUGAAGCUUUUCUUUCCUAGUCUUACACAAAAUGCCUUAUUGUCAUUCACUCGUGUGCUGCUAUAUUAUGAAAAAUUUAAACAUGUAACAGGUCUGCUUUUCUCUUGUAUAUGUACCAGAGGGAAAGUAAGAGUUUGGUGUGGGACUGGAAGAAUUUGUUUGCAACUCAAUAAUUAGCAUGUUUUAUUCUUUUGUUGUUUGUUUAUUGUAUAUUUGUUCUAUUUCUAUCAGAUUCUUGCUGCUUCUUUAUGUACCUCAGGAUAACUAAAUUGGAUAGAGCGAGAGCCCAUCUCACCAUUACCUCAUCACAAUUCACAUCACAGACAUUGUCUUCACUUCUGAUUUGUUGGACGGGUUUCAUUUCCUUUUUUCCUUGUCUCUCUGGAUGUUAAACAUCAGCUGCCAGAUUCCACUGAAAAGUUAAGUGCUUGCAGCCUACUUUACAAUAUUUCUCAUAUAUGGUGCUAUGGUAAAAACAUCCUAUACUGUAUACAAGAAAUGUUUGAGUAAGACAAAACAAGUACUUUGCAAUGUUCCAAUGAGUUCAUUUAAGUCAAAAUAGAAUGUUUCUUUUUGAGGUACCCAUUUACUCUGUUGGUUGUUCAGUGUGGAUUGUUAAUCCAAGCUUCUCUCUUGCUAUCCCCUUACACAGCCACACAUUGUACCUCAACAAUUUGUCCUAAAUAAAUUGGCUAAAAUUG